AUGGCGGACAACUACACGGAAGCCACAACGCCCAAGGCCAACACCACGGCGUUCGACGAAGCCAACAAGGCCGCCGCACGUCUGAUCAAGCCCAAGGCCAUCCUGUACACGAGCGCGUUCCUGUCGUGGCUGCAGCCGUUCCAGAGCGGCUGGUCCACCUCGCAGACGAACCUCUCGCAGUACAACGACACGGACGAGUGCAAUGCGCGCCCCCUGGAGUGGACGUUCGCUGUGAACGCGUGGAUCUUCGGCGCCAUGAUCGACUCUCUGUGCUGCGGCCACUUCAGCGACCGCCUCGGCCGGAAGAAGACGCUGAUGCUCAACUGCAUCUUCAUGUUUGUGGGCGGCGUGGUCGAAGCUUCCGUCUCCAACAUCUGGGCGUUCGCCGCCGGCCGUCUGAUCGCCGGUCUGUCGUCGGGCACUGCCACGGGCACCAUCGGCGCGUACGUGAACGAGCUGUCUCCGCCGCCCAUGCGCAACACGCUGGACCUGGGGCUGCAGAUCUUCACCACCAUCGGCAUCUUGUUCCCCGCGAUCUGCUUCUUCUUCGCCAACACGAGCUCUGGCUGGCGCUACCUGGCCGCGUUCCCGUGCAUCCUGGCCGUGAUCUACAUGGUGCUGGCGCCGUCCAUGUGCAUUGAGAGUCGCGCGUGGCUGCUGACCAAGGGCCGCACGGAGGAGGCCAAGCAGGUCAUCGCUCGUCUGUACGGCGAGGAGCACGUGCAGACGGCCAUGUCGUGGCUGGAGGUAAACAAGAAGCCGGAGACCGCCGAGGAGGGUCUGGCUGCUCCCAAGCAGGAGUCCAUGUUCGCGCCGCGCUACCGCAUGCAGCUUCUGGGCGGCAUCUUGCUGUCCUGCGCGCAGCAGCUGUCGGGCAUCAACGCCGUGUUCUACUACUCGGGCAGCAUCUUCUCGGACGCCGGCAUCUCGGACUCGCGCGUGGGCACGCUCAUCAUCGACUUGGCCGGCCUUCUUCACGGGCGUGCUGGCCAACCGCUUUGGCGCCCGUAA